UAUGCCAGGGGCGAGGGUCCAACCUAUUUUCCAAGUACUUCGUCAGGUAAAAAAACCUAUUAGAACAGUCGCUCUAUUUACGCAACAAUACUUUCUAAUUACAGGUUAUAGUCAUCAUUACAAAAUUCGACGUUCGUCUAGGAACUUAAUUGACAGUGACUCGAGGCCUAAUCAAAGUUUUUCAUCAAAAGUUACGUUCGAAGAUGAUGAAAAACCUACGAAUCCCAUUAAGUUACCGCCGGAAGAAAAGAAUCGCAAAAAUUACGAAAGAAAAGCAGCUAUCACUGAAGGACACUUCAUUGAGAAUUUAGACGUCGAGUUUGAAUAUGAAUUUUGA